AUGUCACAACUCCGGGACUUCAACACCAUCUUCAGCCUCGACGGCAAAACCGCCCUCGUCACGGGUGGCUCGCGCGGCUUGGGUCUUCACAUGGCGUCCGCGUUCCUCCUCGCAGGCGCCUCUCUGGUCAUCGUCACAGCACGCAAGACUGCGGGCGAACAAGGCAUCGACCAGGCUGUCGCCAAGCUCAAUGCACUCCCCGGGAUCAAGGGACGAGCCGCGGGCAUUGCGGCAAACGUGGCCGAUUCAAAAGACAUUGUUCGCCUGGUGAGCGAGGUCGACGGCCUCGUGGGUAGCAAGGGUCUGGACAUUGUGGUGUGUAACGCCGGCGCCGCCUGGGGCUCGAGAUUUGAAGACGCGCCCCCCAGCAGCUCCGUCAAGAUUCUGGACCUGAACGUCAGGGGAGUCUUUGAGCUCGUGCAAAAAUCACUACCCCUUCUUGAGAGGGCCGCCACCAAAGACGAUCCCUCCCGUGUGCUCGUCAUCUCCUCCACAGCCGGCGUCAACGUGCCUCAUGUGGGCGAGCACGGCACAAUCAUGUACAGCACUUCGAAAGCAGCUGUAAACCACCUCGCUCGGAACCUGGCUGUGGAACUAGGGCCCAAACAAAUCACCAGCAACAUCAUUGCACCAGGCUUCUUCCCGUCAAAGUUAGCGCAGGGUCUCAUCAGCAAUCUGGGCGGCGAGGAGUCUCUGAGCAAUGAUAAUCCGCUCAGGCGGCUAGGUGCGCCGGAAGACAUUGCUGGCGUCGCCGUGUUUCUGUGCUCCAGAGCAGCUGCCUACGUUAAUGGUGUCGAUAUCUCAGUCGACGGAGCAGCUAGACUGGCAGCAGGGAGAUUGUCGAGGCUGUAG